ACAUACACACAAGAGUGGAAGUCACAGCGCUUUCAGUUGUAUGGUAUGGAAGGAUUAAUGGUAUUGUUCAUUCCCAACAGAUUAUAAAGAACACAAAACGGUAAGCACUUUAAAGUGCCAUUAUAGACUUCAUUUCACGUGGCUGUGUUCUCUUAUUAGCUACGUUAGUUAACGUUAGCAUAGCACCGUCGGUUGGCCCUAUGUUAGCCCACGUGUCAGUAUAUUUUAACGAUCUGAAUAUACACCUCAUAAGUUACAUGUAUGAAAAAGAAAAACAACAAGACUAUUUUAUUAGACGGUGCGAACAACUUAAACGUUGUAGUAACUUGAAUUAGCCAUCGCCGGCUGGCAGCAAUGCAGUGAGCCGCCGCUGGGUGGUGCUGUUCCGAUGCUAUUCUGAGGUUGUACUCAGGAUUAUACCAUGGAAAAUGAAGAUGUUGAGCAAGGUAGCAAGAACCACGUCUUCUUUGUGGAGGACCUCAAUAGUUCAGAAGGAGAAGAAGAUAUUAUGUUCAGUCACCAGAAACUUCCCAGCAGCUGUAAACGGGCGGCACGGCUCAGCAGGGAAGGCUCUCCUCCCUCUCCUCCGCUCCUCCUGGCGUUCAACAUCACCUCUGGACGGCCGCCGCACCUCAGCAGCCCGAGUCCUCCUUCCAGCUUAGAGGAGGAGGACAGUGACCAGCCCAUUGAGGAGUGGAUGCUCCUUGGAGGAGAGGAGCAGGUGGGAGACUCGAGCAUCCAGCUCAACCUGAGCUACAGGGGCGGCUGGGAGGAUGACUCUGGAGAUGAAGAUCAGACUGUGAAAUCAGUGAAAGAUACCUGGGCUGUAUCCGAGAAAGACAAGGGUGGUGCUGAUCGGUCUUUGCCCAGCCGCUAUUUUUCUCGGAUCUGUAACAUUUGCAAUAAGACAGGACACCUAGCCAAAAGCUGCUACAGCCAUAAGAAAAGUCCCACCUGUGUUCUUUGUGGGAUACAGGGCCACGUCCAGAGAGACUGUCCGGGCCGCCCCUGCCCCAACUGUGCACUGCCGUCACAUGGCCUCAGGCCCUGUGAAAGGCCCCGGGUGUGGAACCAACACUGCCACCGCUGUGGGAUGAUGGGGCACCUCUCUGAUACCUGCCCUGAUACGUGGAGACAAUACCACUUCACAAUACGGUCAGAGCUUCCAGUCAGGCCAUGGACAGCCCACGUCCUCAAAAAAAAGAAAUGCCCCGCUCAUUGUUGCAACUGCUCUGAGAGGGGACAUUAUGGCUAUGAAUGCACUAAAAGGAGGAUGAUCAGUGGGACUUUUUACUCACUGCCAUACGUUUGCCACUACGACACCAUUGAGGAUGUCCUCCAAUGUCACCCCAAGAAGCAGAAAAGAGACAAAGAGCUUUUAAGUGCUGGAUCCCUGCCACUCUCAGACCAGCAGCACUUGCCUGAAGCAACCAGCGAGAGUGGUGAGGAGAAUCGGACAGUCCAGGGGUGGAGCAGGAGGAAGCAGGAGACAUGCAAGAAAAAGAGGUGGCCAAAGAGGUGCAAAGAGAGACGAGAGGUGAAGAGGCUAAGGAAAGAUGCUCAAACCAGACAAGUAGGACGACAAAAAUCCUGGAGGUACUAUGUUGAGGAAGUUUGCCCUCCAGCCCUCGAAGUUCACAAGCAGUACACACCCCCUCCAAAGAAGAGGAAGGAUGGCGCAGGUGGCAAAAGCAGGAAGAGCAGAGAGUCGGAGAGGUGGAAGAAGAGAGGAGGGCUAAAACGUGGGAAUUUAUAUCCCCAUAAUGAAAGCCUUCGUCCCCCGCCCAAAAAAGCACGCCACAGACAAAGAUAAUUUCUGAUGAUUGAUUUUCUUUUUCAAGGAGUAUCAAAUGUAACUGGAUGAUUACAUUUUAUUUGGGGGGGGGGGGGGGGGUAUUUAUUGUCAAAUCAAAAAACUUGAAUAUCAUAUACAGUUGAAGGUGCUCAUCUUGACUGCAGCUUAUGUGAAUGUGCUUUUGUACUUUAACCUUGUCCUGCAAGGUUUAUGUUGGUACAGGUUUUAACAUACACUAUUUUGGAAUAUGUUUUUAUUUUUACACACAAUGCCUUGCUUUUUUGGCUAAUGUAUUGUGUUGAAAGUGUGGUUUAUUAUCCAAAAAAUAAUGGCAGUUUAUAGUCAUUCAAAUAAUUGAAAUAUGAUUAAACGGAACCUUGAUUGGGCUUUGUAUGUUUAUAUUGUAAAUACAACGACAAUAAACAUGGAUUCCGGAUA